AAAGGUCGGAGUCCUCCCGUAAUCCCGGAGAGAGGGAGGAGGAAGGGGGGAGGAGAAGGAGAAGAGGGGAGCUGGCCAACCUCUCUAUUUCUCUCUCCGUGCACACACACUCUUUCUCUCCCGGCGCCCCCUCCCCCCUCUCAGGGCCCCUUCUGAUUGAAGAGGCUGAGCGCGGAGUGAGUGAGUGAGCCAGCGGCUGCGAGCGAGCGAGCGAGACGCCAGGAUCCAGCCAGCUAUCCAGCUGCAGUCGGGCCCUACCGCGGAGGGCCGCCGGCCAAUGCUCCUUCCCAGCCCCGUGCGGGCGGCGGGGAUACACUCGUACGCCAUGGACGCGGCCACCUACCUCCACCUCAACUCGGCCAUACAAGUGAACUCCACGUCGAUGAGCUCGUCUCCACACUCGACUGUGAACUCAGUGGUCAGCCAUCACUCGAUGAUCGGAUCCUCGAUAAACGCUUCGCGCUCUCUCGCCUCCUCCAUGGGAAACUUGGGCUCUCCGGUCAACGGGCUGGGAUCGCCCUAUCCCGUCAUCACCUCGUCCAUAGGUUCUCCCUCGGUCUCCUUGCUGUCUACCCCAGGCAUCGGCUAUGGACCGCUCGGCAGUCCCCAGGGCCAAGGAGCUGACUGGUCGACUACGGAUUACAUACGAAAGAAAGACACAGAGAUUAAUGCAGUGAACGAUGUCAGCAGCAGGGAGGAUAUUAAGCCACCCCCCGGCUUGGGCGGACAUGGAAACUUCAACCCUUACAGCCCCAACUCAAUGGCCAAGCACAUCUGCGCAAUAUGUGGAGACAGAUCCUCAGGGAAGCACUACGGGGUGUACAGUUGUGAGGGCUGCAAAGGCUUCUUUAAAAGGACUGUGCGCAAGGACCUCACCUACACGUGCCGGGACACCAAGGACUGCAUGAUCGACAAGCGCCAACGUAACCGCUGCCAAUACUGCCGCUACCAGAAGUGCCUGGCCACAGGCAUGAAGAGAGAAGCCGUGCAGGAGGAGCGGCAGCGGGGGAAGGAGAGGAGUGACAACGAGCUGGAGCCCAGCAGCAGCAUCAAUGACGACAUGCCCGUGGAGAAGAUUCUAGAAGCCGAGCUGGCUGUGGAGCCAAAGACGGAGACGUAUGUGGAGGCCAGUCCGGGAAAUUCGUCCAACGACCCAGUCACCAACAUCUGUCAGGCGGCAGACAAGCAGCUGUUCACGCUGGUGGAGUGGGCCAAGAGGAUCCCUCACUUCUCCGACCUCCCCCUCGACGAUCAGGUCAUCCUUCUUCGGGCAGGCUGGAACGAGCUGCUCAUCGCCUCCUUCUCGCACCGUUCCAUCUCGGUGAAGGACGGCAUCCUCCUGGCCACCGGGCUGCACGUGCACCGCAGCAGUGCCCACAGUGCCGGCGUCGGCUCCAUCUUCGACAGGGUUUUGACCGAAUUGGUUUCCAAGAUGAAAGACAUGCAGAUGGACAAGACAGAGCUGGGAUGCCUGAGAGCCAUUGUUCUAUUCAAUCCAGAUGCUAAAGGCUUAUCGAACCCAGGUGAGGUGGAAUCUUUGAGGGAGAAGGUCUAUGCAUCUCUAGAAGCUUUCACAAAGCACAAGUACCCAGAGCAGCCAGGCCGGUUUGCCAAGCUGUUGCUCCGACUGCCGGCCCUGCGAUCGAUCGGCCUCAAGUGCCUCGAGCACCUGUUCUUCUUCAAGCUGAUCGGCGACACCCCCAUCGACACCUUCCUGAUGGAGAUGCUGGAGGCUCCUCAUCAAAUGACGUGAAUCCAUUUCCCGCGUCCAUCCCC